GGGCUGUUGCCAUACUGCAUGCUGGUUUGAUUCCCUUACUUGUAUUCAAAUUGAAGAAUGAGUCGGAUGAAAUCCAGGAGCUGAUCCUGGAUACACUCUCCAACUGUCUGCGUGUGGAGGCUUCUGAAGCUCUAGCAGCUGGUGCCAUUACUAUCCUGAAGGAAACGCUCACACAGUCAUCAGUGGCCAUCAGAAGCAAAGCAGCUUGGGUCCUGUUAGAAAUCGGUACUCAUCCAGAGGGAAAAAGCGCGGUAUGUGAAGAAGUUAUUCCUGUGCUGGUGAGCCUGUUGGAAGAUACAGAUCCUGAAGUCCAAGCUAGUGCAACAGGAGCACUGAUGUUUGCUACUGUUAAACCUCAGGGAAGAUUCUCAGCCCUAGGUGCUGAAGCCAUUCCACCUUUACUGAAGUUGGUUGCUGAGGAAACCAGCAAAGCCCGUCUGAGUGCGAUCAAAACCCUCACCAUGCUGGCUGAGCUGCCAGAGGGCCGCAAGACACUCCUAGAUCAUACAGGUACAUUUCAGCAGUGUCUGAAUGAUCCCUGUGAGGCAGUGAAAAGAGCUGCCAAAAUUGCCAUCAGUGUCAUCAAAUGGAAACCUUUCUGA